AGAUCGGCUCACAAAUAACGGAGAAAAGAAGGAUGUUCCGAUCACAGGAAACCAUCGCACGCCUUGGAGUCCUAUCCACGGAUCAAGGAUAUCAGGAGGAAAUUAAGGAUCAAGGAUAGUUUUCCUGUCGAGUGGCGGAGAUCUCGCCAUUAGGCGUGUCGAAUUAUCUUAUUGAAUCUUUUCCGAGGAUCUUCCCGAUCACGGGAUGGAGAAAUGGAGAAAACCGGAUAUACAUAUAAGCCUAGAAAAAAUAUCCUUGAUAUCCUUUCAUUACUGACAUCGCCUUCCCACCUGCACCACGGAUUACCACAUCCUGGAUUCCUAUCUAUGACUAGGUUAUUGGCUCAGACCAGGGACCAGCGAUCCACGGCGGAAUUGUUGGUUCACGCCCUCGCUAAAUAUUGGUCACCAUUCAUUCGCCACCGAAUAAAACGCUGCGCUUCAGUUUUGAGACGCAGGACUUAUGUAUGUACCCUACGCUUUGCCACAAACCGAGUCCAGACGGAGUCCUAUCUAAGUAUCCCAGCCAGACGGAAUCGUAUCCCAGCAGGACGAAAGCACACCCCUUGCAAAAUCCGAGCCUUCGUCAUCCUUCUACCUUGUCAUCGACAACCAGGACUUUGACUAUGGCAACCAAGGGAGGGGCUACGCAGACUUCUAGAUUCUGGAAAGAUCUCGUUGUUGUUAGGUUUAAGGAUACACGUCUAUAUACUAAGAUAGUAGAUAUAAAUGUUUUCCACUUGUUUAU